AUGGGUGUGGCGAAGAAGACGAGAAAAUUUGGCCUUGUCAAGCGAGUGCUUGGGAAAAACGAUGCGCGACUAAAAGAGAACCAGGCGAAGCAGGAGGCUCUACAAAAGAACAAAGAGAGGCGGACGGUCCAGGGCGAGUUGGUGCGCGAGGUGCAGCAGAUGCCCAGCAACAUGUUCUUCCAGCACAACGAGGCCCUCGUGCCGCCCUACAACGUCCUCGUCGACACCAACUUUCUCAGCCACACGGUGCAGCGCAAGCUGUCGCUACUCGAGUCCAUGAUGGACUGCCUUUAUGCCAAGUGCAACCCCAUCAUCACCUCGUGCGUCAUGUCCGAGCUCGAGAAGCUCGGCCCCAAGUACAGGCUGGCCCUGCGAGUGGCGCGCGACGAGCGCUGGCAGCGCCUGACCUGCGACCACAAGGGCACUUACGCGGAUGACUGCCUCGUCGACCGUGUGCAAAAGGACAGGAUAUACAUUGUGGGCACAAACGAUAGAGCGCUGAAGCAGCGGCUGCGCAAGAUUCCGGGUGUGCCGCUCAUGAGCGUUGCGCGGGGCAAAUAUGUGAUAGAGAGGCUGCCCGGAGCGCCGGAUUCGUGA